GUCAAUCCUCUAAACUUAACUUCAGUCUUAAGACAGUGUGUACUAACUGCCUCACUUUCGAGUGGAAGUUGGGGCCUCUGUGCAAACCCGGCCCAGUCAGCCCAACAACCCUGUGUGAAAUGUGACACAACCCUGGGUUCUCCUUUAAGACAUUCCUUUUAUGUCUGUGUGCAUUACAUUGUGUGCAAGUGUGUGAGUGUAAACUUUCUCUGUGCAUGUGGGGUGGGGUGGGGGGUUAGGCCUCCAUUUUUACCAGGGCGUCUGCAGCAGCUGUCCCCUGGCAUGUCAGCGGGAGCGGCACAGUAGUGAUACUGGGGUCAGAAGCGAACUCAGGCUGCUGCGCGCAGGUUGAUUAAAGAAGGUUUAUCUUCACUUUCUUCAUCCAGGACCUGCAGCCCGACCAUGGAGGAUCAGUACCAGUACAACACUAAUGAGGAGAAGUUUGUGAAGGACAGCCACACCAAAGAGAUAGAUCUAAUUAACAGAGAUCCCAAGCAGAUCAAUGACGACGUGGUGAAGGUGGAGUUUGAGGAUGUCAUUGCAGAGCCUGAUGGUACACACAGCCUGGAUGGGGUGUGGAAGCUCAGCUACACCACUUUCACUGUGUCCAAAUACUGGUGCUACCGCGUUUUGUCUGCUGUCUUUGGUAUCCCUGUGGCCCUGCUCUGGGGCUUCCUGUUUGCCUGCAUCUCCUUCUGCCACAUCUGGGCUGUGGUGCCCUGCAUCAAGAGCUGCCUGAUUGAGUCGCAGUGCGUGAGCCGCAUCUACUCCCUUUGCAUCCAGACCUUCUGCGAUCCCUUCUUUGAAGCCUUGGGCAAGAUCUUCAGCAGUGUUCGCGUGGCACUGCGCAAAGAAGUCUAAGAACUCCUGCAGUAGUGUUUGUAGCGUGAUCGGAUGAAGCGUGGUAUCUUUUUAUACACCAGAAGACCAGACUUGGCAUCUCGCUUGCUGCCUAAUACUCUUCCUCCACCUUGACAUGACAUGCUGUUCCCCACCCUCCCAGUGUCUGACUCAUCGAUCUGAAUCCUGACAUGCCCACUGUGGAUUUUGCCAACAGAAGUUCUGUGACAGCUGAAGCGGGCAGUGUGGUUCUCCGACAGCUCUGGCACUUCUGGAGAAAGGCCCUGUCUAGAUACGACCACCCUCAUUUAUUAUUUGUUACACAAAAUGCUCGGACAAUGACUACUGGUUCACUGCACAUGAAACGAACUGCACGACACUGCUGUAACCUGAGGAUGCUGCUGCUUUAUUGAAUUGCAUUUGGCCAUCUUAAAAUUGAUGCUGUAUGAUCCUGCAUCUGGAAUUGUUUCACUUGAAUUAAAUGAAUGGAUCUUAUUGUUAAUACUUUAACAUGAGUGAAAGAAUUUUGUUAAAGGAAUUUAUCUUUGUCUGAUCCGGUUUCUUUGUGUAUUCUGAUGUAAUUUCCCCCUAAUUUCUGAUUAGUGUACAAAACUUAAUAGUUGUUUUGAAGACUUACAAAUGCAUACAUGUUUCAAACAGACACUUCCUCUAUUCAAAGUGUGAUGAGAUGAAUAAUAAACAUGCUUAUUUGUGUAUUUCAGUCAAUUCUAAACAUAUAAGUUGGAGUGAAGUAAAAAUUCUUUGUGAGAUCUGUGUUAAUUUUU